AAAAGCUUAGCUUUUCAAUAUGGCAGACGAUGGGUGAUUUCUGUGUUGUUAUUGUUUAGUAAUGGUUAAUUUCUCCACAUAACAAUGUAAUAAUUGCUAAAUUUCUGAUUAAUUAAGAAAGAUGUGGCCAGGUCACACUCGCUGGAUAGUUCUUGCUUGUUUGCUCUUCUUGGCUACCUUCGGAGCGUAUGGAGUGUCUCUUGUAUUGUACAUCGUUCUGGGUAUUGGAGGGAUUGUGGGCGUGGCGGUGUAUUAUGGCAGUGUGGAGUCUUCUAGUCAGUUGGAGACAGAGAUUGACAUGCCGCUGUCCUCACCAGGAAUCAAGGCAGUCCAAAAACUCAUGGGUGGCUCAGUGAAAAUCAAAAGAUUUGAUAAAAGAAUAACAGGUUCAAGUGUAAUAGAUGAAGUUCUUCAGUCGGUGCUAGAGUAUACAGCCAGGGAUUACAUCAAGAACUGGUACAGGGAAGUCAGCGAUGACGACUACUUCUUGAUGCAGAUACAACAGUGUGUUCAAAAAGUGUUCAUUACAUUUUCACAGAGGUCCAAAGAUGUGGACUGGAUGCCAUAUUUUACACAAAGAAUGGUGGAUGACUUCGCCUCCCAUAUACGACUGUACACCCGCGCACUGGAAAAAUCAAAAGUUGCUAAUAAAGAUGAAAGAGCUCCGUUAUUGGAGCAGAACUUUUUUGACCUGGAAAUCGAAAUGGAAGGUGACAUCUGUAGAGAUUUAGUGUCCCUCUCUCCGCAAGAUGAAAGACAAUAUCUUCAAGAUCUCACAGAUGUGUUGUUAUUCCUUUUUCUACCAAUAGAGGACUACAAUAAUAAGCCAUUUCGCUAUAUUAUACGUGAAGUAGUUGUGAACGGUAUCUUCAUUCCCACCAUUGAUCUUCUGUCUGACACAGACUACAUCAACUCAUACAUCGCAUACAUGUGCCGAGAAGGGUCGUUUACUAAUGAGAUGUUUAUGUCUGUGAUAAAGACGACAGAUAGUAUCCCGGAGCUGGACUCUGUGAUAGAAAUUCUUGACUGUGAUAUCGCCAAGUGGCGCUCAAAGGAUACCGGUGGUAGUGAUGAUGUGCAAAUAAAGCAAAACCUCAACAGCCUGCUGUUCGUAAAGAACCUGUGCGAAGAAAAGAUCAAACGGUUACGUCAGGGAAUCGAUGAUACAGAGUUUGCCCCGGAUGUUCCAGAGCACAUGCGUUCAGGGGCGACACAGUUUGUCCUCAGCUUAGAUGACAUUAUCAACAAUAACAAAGCCCUGGAGGCCUUUAUAGAGUUUAUGGGCCUUGCUGGGGGUCAGCAACUGCUAUUCUUCUACCUUAACAUCGAGGGCUUUAGGGCAGCUGCAGAACAACAGCUCAAGGAGGCCGGUAACCAUGGGAAUGGAGACGGUUACGACCUAGAGCCACUGCGGAAUCAAGUGAACAUCAUUUACAAUCAGUAUUUGUCUGAGAAGGCAUCAUCACGGGUCCGGAUAGAGCCAGACAUCUUGAAAAGAUGUGCAGCAAAAAUAAAAAAUAAGCAGAUGAAGGCGGACAUCUUUGAUGAAGUGCAAGCCAGGGUGUACCAGAUGCUACACGGAGAGCAGUAUUAUGAGGCGUUCAUACAAAGUGCGGCCUACGUGAAGGUCUUGGACGACCUGGGCUUCAACAGCAUGGACUCCAUCAGCAUUGAGGACUCCCUAGCCAUGAGUUCUUCUGAUGUUAAUGAAGACUAUGGUGAGAAUUCCAGCAAUCCAUCAUCACUGUGCAAUAACUCCCACCGGUCUGGUUCACCAUACAAAGGCAACAAUAUACUGGAAGUGUACUCCAUAUCCGCCAUGAUCUCAAUGACAGGUAUAAUCAGAGAGUCAGAGAAGACUGGUAAAUCGUACGCGGUAUUCUCAAUCCGGGUCACCAGACGAAGCUCCGAGGGGGAGGAGAUAUGGGACGUGUAUCGACGCUACAGCGACUUCCACGAUCUACAAAUGAUCAUGUCAGAAAAGUUGCCUCAUUUCCAUGGACCAUCUUUGCCACCAAAAUCGUUGUUAAGAAAUAACACUGACGAGUUUUUGGAAAAACGAAGAAAAGCUCUGGAUACAUAUUUACAGGGCCUGCUAUCUGCAGAGGUGUGGGAGAAGCAUCCUGGCGUUCAGCAGUUUGUGAUGAAGUUUCUAGCGCCCGGUAUUUGGGAGAGACACAAGAGUGAACUGGCGCGGAAAAUGGACACCAUAGUCAACCCUCUUAAGACUGUCGGAAACGCAGUGAAAACCAUCUCUAACGAUGGGGUGUCGAAACUUAGAGGUGACUCAUUCAGCAGGAGUUCAGGAUCAGCAGCACAAGGGACCAAAGUUGGGGCUGGGUUGGAUCCAGAGUUAAAUGAGAACAUUCCACUGCGUAUCAUGCUGCUACUGAUGGACGAGGUGUUUGACCUGCGACACAAAAACCAGUGGCUGCGACGGCAGAUUGCGAGAGUGUUGAAGCAACUCAUUAAAGCCAUCCUGGGGGACCGUAUGAACAAGAAGAUUGUUGAACAUGUAGACUUCAUGACCUCAGCAGAACAAGUCGCAGAAUACAUCAAGGCCUUUCGGGACACUUUCUGGCCAGAGGGUGUGCUGGCUGAGCCACGAUCAGCACGGGACAACAACAUCAAAAUGAGGACCAGGGUGGUCUGUAAGGCCAAAAUGCUUGGCAGUAUCCCAGAUGAACUUCGUCAUUUUCUCGGCAGCGAUACAGUACGGAUAGGAACCAGUCGAGUGUUUGACAUGUUUCAGUAUCGCAGUCUGAACAGACGUCUCGUAUAUGUAAUCCUUGAGGGCGUCAUUGAAACACUGUUUCCUGAAAACCGCUUCAAGGAACUUUUCCGAAAAAUGCAUUCGCAGUCCGCUCGUUUGAAAGCGAGAAAAAAUGGAGAUCCAGUCAAAACCGCAACUGUUGGCAAGAAAACUUCCUGAUGUUAGUGUUUGUUUAUCUGUGUGUGCUAUGUACAUAUUUAUUUAUUUAUUUUAUGAACAGAUUUAAGAUUUGAAACUGCAUUUGAAUCAUAUUUCAAAAUGGCAUUAAUUUUGUUGUUUGUGUACUUUUAAAUAAUUAACAAAUGACAGAUAAUCGGUUGUAAAUUUAACAUUAUUUCCAAGGUACAGAAAUAUUGUAACCAUUUUACUGAUGUUUUCAAACAGUAAGUAAUCUGAGAUUAUAUGUGUUAACUUUACAUUUAACAAGGUGUUUUCUUUCUUUCUUGGCUGGAUAUUUAUGUUGAGCAUGUAUUUAUUCAUGGAUCAGUUUGAAACCUGGAGGAAAAACUGCAGUUAAGCAGGCACCAAGAAAAUAUAAUUCUCAACAGAGACACAGCACUCCAAUCAUACUUAUCCAAACCCCCUUUUACAAUAAACACAUCUUAACAUUACAUUAAAAAAGAUAUUUGUAAAUUGUAUUCUUACCAACUUUUGUUAAUGCUGGAAAUUUAAGUUUUAUGAAUGUAUGAAUAAACAAAUAGAAUAUAUUUGUGAACUUGUAGCGAUUCUUAAAGUGUUUUGAACUUAAAGUUUGUUUUAUUUUAAACACCAUUUUACAAUAGACACAUCAUAACAUUAUAUUUGUUAAAAAAAUUGAUAUUUGUAAACUUAAGUGUGACAUAAUUUUGUACAUGCAUAAAUCUUAAGUUUUAUGAUAAUAUUUAUGAAUACGUCAAUAUUGGUGAAUUUCUUGAGAUUCUUUAAAUAUGGUUAACUUCAAGUUUCUGUUAUUGCAAGAAAGAGUUGUAAAUUUCAUAUGCAUUUAAUACGUAAAGACAAUGUUAUUUUGCAUUUAGCCUGUUUUCCUGGGACAGUGGCCUUCACUGUUGCUUAAUACACAGGGGAUUAAAUUCUACAUCCUCACAACACAAGUGAGUUUGGUAGGUGGUCAUCGCAACAGAAAUACUUAAUUGUGUCUGUGAACACUGCCUCCCCCCCCCUACAAGACCACAUCAAAUUAAAACAAAAUAAUUGUUUGAAUUAUCGUGCUGUUUUCAAAAUAUGUCUUACUUUUAUAUGACUGUACUUAUUAAACAAUCUGCACGUUUUGACAUACAUACACAUUUUGGACCAACAAAAAUGCUGUUCCUUUUCACAGUGCUAAUGUCUACCAGAUUUGUAUUAAUUGUAUUUUUAUGUUAACUGUCAGCAAGUAUGUGUAUACUCUGUUUAAAUUAUUGAUGAAAUUGUCCAGAAUUUUACUGUAAAAUUUCCAUGUUUAUAAUUAUGGACCAUGAAUUAUAUAUUUAUAAUGUUUUCUUUGGACAUAUGGAACGUAGAUAUGAUUAUCAGGGUUGAUUUUUUUAAUUUGUGUUGUUUUAACAGUGUUAGUUGAAUGGGUGUUUAAAACAUAUCUAUUUAAUCGUUAAAUUAAUACACACACAUUAAUUUAAAUGCACUGAACCUCCUAUGAGUAUUUUUUGUUUCUUGAUUAAUAGUUUCAUGUUGUUGUUUUGCAACAAACUUGUAUUACGGAGCCUGUAAUGAAAUUGCUUCUUUAGACGAAAUUAUUCUAUUAAUGUAAUUUAUAUCUACACAUUUGUGAAAUCAAUAAUGAUGAAGAUCCAUGUUAAAUUUACAUAUUUUGUCCUUCUUAUACAAGCAUUACAACCUUUAUUUUGGUUAUAGGUGCAAUCUAUUUUUAUUUAUUUUUUAUUUACUGAAUUUUUUUUGCUUUUACCUUCUGAUUUAUUGUUUACUAUUUCCUCAUUUUAAAUCAUAAGUUAACAAUUUAGACAGUUUUUUGAAAGUAUAUUUAUGACGUCAGUUUUGAGCUAUUUUGUGUGACCAUAAAGCUUUUAUACUUGUCCUUUUCAUUAAAAUCUAAUCAAGAAAAAUAAACACCAGAUUGAAAGAGCUUUUAACACAGCAAAGUCUACAACUGUAUUUCUCAGUUAAAUCAUUAUGUAAUUUUGUGCAACAUCAUACUGAGAAAAGAGUUUUUGUAAAUGACUAAAAUUAUGACAAAACAAUAUUUUACAAUUAGGUGCUUUAUUGU